UAAAUUAUAACGAAAAAACACAAUGUACUCCGUCCUCCCGGCAAAAAACCCAUAAACCUUCCAAAAACCCCUUCCAAAACGUUUCAGAGCUCUCCCAAAUUAGCUUAUGCUCUCGUUCACACACAGACUCCGGACCUUGUCCUCAUCUCCAUGCUCCAAAUCUCAUCUUCUUCGAUCCCUCCGGACGGACGCCGGACCGCCCAGGCGCCGGUCGAAGCCGGCGGCAUUUGCUGCAAAGAACGCGGACGAGAAGUCAGAGUGGUGGGCAGUUGACGGCGAAAUGCACGAAAUUGGCGAAAAUGUGCCGCCUCGCGAGCGCUUCGUUAUACCCAGAGAAAAUAUCCCCAAUCGGCGCCGGAAGCAGCUCAGGGAACAGUUCAUGCGCCGGACUCGCCUCGUUCUCAAGGAAUCUGAGCAUGAGCCUUGGUGCAAAAAGUACAUGGAGCUUUAUCAGGAGCUUAGAGAAAACUGGGAGAGGCUGUACUGGGACGAGGGAUACUCUAAAAAACUUGCCCAGGAACAUGCAAAUUAUGAGUCUGCUGAAGAUGAGGAUUUCUCCCCUUAUAGGAAUAGGCAAUCCAGUGUUGAUCAAAGUAAGGACCAGGGUUUUAGAAGGAACACGCAAGGUGGUAACCGGGAGAAGGUCAGCCAGAUUAGAGAUAAGUUUGAAUACGACAGGGACAGAAGAAUGAGAGAAAGAGCAUUUGCACCCAUACGUGGCGAUCCCGCUUUUGUAUCACAGAAUCCAAAUUCCCGGAUGCAACGAAGAGAUGUGGAGCCGCAAAGGUACUUUUCCGAGAGCGACAGUGACUGAAAUGGACUAAGAUUUAUGUGCGUCUUUGUAAAGGCGAGGUUAGGAAUGAGCUUACAGUUCAUCUUUCCCUCUGCUGCCUGUUGUUACCAGUAUCUGCAGCUGAUAAGGUGUCUUGUCCAUCUCAAGUUUUAAAACAACCAGAGUCGUUUUGGUUGUUUUGAUAGAUUCAACUCGAGAUCCACGGUUGGUUUCGAUUUUGUAUUGAUAUGCUCCAUAGAAUGAACACAAAUGAACUGACCUUUUAUUACCGUUAUAUUCAGACGACGUUACCGAUUGAGAGCUUGGUGAUGGAUAUAUUUAAAUGUAGGGUCCAUUCUCCCUAGCCUCUCGCAA